AUGACAGAACAAUUAAUCACGACCGGUGAGAUGGAAGAUGAUGAAGUGGCGGAAGCCAACAACAAUGACACCAAUACUAAUACAGCGGUGGCGAGGUGCAAGGUUGCUGGCCGGAAGGAGAGGCGGAAGGCGGUGAAGAAGGAGAAGAGGAAGAAAAAGAGGAAGGAGUUGGCGGAGAAGGCGCGCCGAGAGGAGGAAGCUCGGCUCAACGACCCCGAGGAGCAGCUGCGGCUCCUAGCCGAGGAGGAGAAGGAAAAGGCGCGAGUCGAGCGAGAACGGAGGGAGUUCGAGGAGAGGGAGAGGAAGAUUCUGGAAGAAUGGGAGAGAAAAAGGGCUGAGGAUCGAAGGGCGGAAGAUGAGAGGGGAAUGAGAGCUGAGAAAGAAAGACAGUUCAAUGGGAAUCAGAUUGGGCAUGAAAAUGAUGAAGAAGAAAAUGGUUGGGAGUACGUCGAAGAGGGACCUCCUGAAAUUAUUUGGCAGGGCAAUGAAAUUAUUGUGAAGAAGAAAAAAGUUAGAGUAAAAAGGAAAGACACGGAUCAUCAGAUUGCUGAAGAGGAUCCUAAUAGGCCCACUUCAAAUCCUCUUCCUCCCCAGUCAGAGGUUUUUGCGGAUUAUAAGAAUACAUCAGUUCUUUCAGCUCAACAGCUGCUAGAAAAUGUUGCUCAAGAAACUCCCAACUUUGGAACUGAACAGGAUAAAUCUCAUUGUCCAUUCCACCUAAAAACAGGUGCUUGUCGGUUUGGGUCACGUUGCAGCAGGAUUCACUUCUAUCCUGAUAAAUCCAGCACUUUGCUUAUUAAGAACAUGUAUACUGGCCCUGGCUUAGCUUGGGAGCAGGAUGAAGGACUUGAGUACACAGAUGAAGAGGUUGAGCGUGCUUAUGAGGAGUUUUAUGAGGAUGUACAUACUGAAUUCUUGAAGUUCGGGGAGAUUGUAAAUUUUAAGGUGUGCAAAAAUGGUUCAUCUCAUUUGCGAGGAAAUGUGUAUGUGCACUAUAAGGCUCUGGACUCUGCUGUACUUGCUUAUCAAUCAGUAAACGGCCGUUAUUUUGCCGGUAAACAGGUUCAAUGCGAGUUUGUCGGGGUAACUAGAUGGAAGGUUGCUAUAUGUGGAGAAUUUAUGAAAUCAAAGCUCCAGACAUGUUCCCGUGGAAAGACGUGCAAUUUUAUUCACUGCUUCCGGAAUCCUGGCGGAGACUAUGAAUGGGCUGAUUGGGAUAAACCAGCUCCAAAAUACUGGCUGAAAAAGAUGGCUGCUCUGUUUGGUUAUCCUGAUGAAUCUGGAAAUGGAAAACAGAUUGAGCAAAGUCCAAGGUUGUUCAGGAAAUCCAGUCGGACAUCACCAGAUGAUGCGGACAGAUAUCACUCUCGUAGAUCUCGAUCACGUGAGAUUGGUCACACUAAAAGUUCAAGAAAUUACUCAGAGGAUUACUCUCGGAGUAGUAAACGCCAAAGGCGACACACAACUGCCGACAGGAAGCAUCCGGAACUUCCCGAUGCAUCAAAUCCUAAAAAGAAGCAGCAGAACAGCAAGAAUGGAAAAUCGGGAUCUCAAAAUGGGAAUUUCAAUCGGGUAAGCAUACACGAGACUGACUUUGAUGAAAAUAUGCAUUUCAACAGAGACAAAGUCGACUAUGGACAUAGACAUUCAAGUAGGAAGACAAGGCACAACAACAAUGUGUCUACAUCCUCGGACGACCGUUGGUCGGAUGAUGAUAAGAGAGAAAGUGCACAUACUCACAAGAAGCAAUCUCUGAUGGCCGAUGGCUCUGAGGAAUCUGAAGAUAAUAAUUCCAGCCGACGACCCAGUCGUAGAUCAAAGCACUCGAGCACUAGAGAUCGUUUGGGCAGAACGCAUGGGGAAGACGAGAAUGACAGCAGAAAAUUUGGAAACUCCUGUGGAAGCUAUAGAUCUUCUGAUUCUAGAUCAAGAUCCAGAAAAGAUGGUGUUAAAAAAUCGGAAUGCGGUGGGUCCAAGAGUGAAUUUGGCGAUCACCCCGAGAAAUCAAAAAGAAAGAGAUAUUACGUGUCUGACUGUGACGCGGCUAGUGAUGUUAGAGGCCGUUGGGAACCCAAUAUAAGCGACUAG